AUGACAGCCAAUGUGGAAAGGCCGUGGCUCAUCGUCGGCAUCGACUUUGGUACCACCUUCAGCGGUGUCGCCUGGGGGAUGGACGGGUGCCCGGAUGAUAUUGAGGUCAUCCAGACAUGGCCAGGAGGUGGAAAUACCACUUCUCAGAAGAUCCCAACCCUGCUGUUGUAUGAUGGUAAGCGGAUGAAAUGGGGUUAUGAAGCUGAGCAGACAGUUCACCCAGGCAAUCAGCACCGACUUAUCCAAGGCGUCAAGCUUCUGAUGGAUGAGGGCCAGGAAUUUCGUUAUGCCCCGACAAGCGAAUCUGGAAAGCUCAUCAAACAAAUGGGCAAAUCAGCAGUCCAAGUUUCCUGUGAUUAUUUGGCAAGUCUGGUCACCCAUGCUCGUGAAAUGUUGCGGCGUCGGUUUGGAGCUGCCCUCCAAACCUUUGACUUGCAUUAUAUCCUAACCGUUCCAGCUGUAUGGUCGGAUAAGGGUAAAAAUUCAACCAUGCAAGCUGCUCAUCUAGCGGAGAUUCCGGCGGCCAACCUAACCUUGUUAUCUGAACCUGAAGCUGCAGCAGUAUAUGCUAUUCGGACAAUUCAGCCAAACACAAUCGCGGAAGGACACUGUUUGAUUGUCUGUGAUGCUGGAGGUGGAACGGUCGUGAGUCUUCGACCGCAUAACUCGCUUAAGAAUUUUAGUGACCAAUUUUCGCAGGAUAUCAUCACCUACCGCGCUGUCUGUGGCUCAGUGAUGCUAGAUGAGCGGUUUGAUGAUCUCGUCAAAACCGUCAUCGAGCAAAAGUCUGCCAAAGGGCUCCCCCCUGCGAGUGCAAGGGCUGCAAAGAAAUACUGGCAGGACUAUAUUAAACCGAAGUACGCGGGGCCUGUGGGCCAAAAUGAGUUCGAUGACCCUGGAUAUUGGGUCCCUAUCCCAGGAGUAUCUGGAAUACGGCAAGUAGAUCUUAGUGAAGGGCAUCUAUAUCUUGAGAAGUAUACACCGUUCCUUACUAUUUCAACCACGUAA